AUGAGUGAAUCAAUUUACGACAACAGUAAAGUAACUGCUAAUGGAAAGAUUUUUUCCUUAAACGAAGAAACUGAAAGCCGUAUUCCCUAUGAAAAAGCUUCUGAGGAUGAGAAAAUAUCUUCAUUAAAUUCCGAAGUUUUAGAAAUAACCGGAGAGGAUAUCAAUGCUAUUCUUAUUCCAGAUGAUGAGAAUGCCCCAGCCUCUACUUUAAGAAUGUGGGUUUUAGCAUUUUGCUUAAGCGCUGUAAUUGCUGGUGUUGACUCUUUUUUUUCAAUGAGGUUCCCUACGGUCUCGAUAGGUGCUGUUGUUGCCCAGGUUAUAUCUUAUCCAAUAGGAAACAUUUGGUACCAUAUUGUACCUUCAAUAAACAUUCCAAUUCCGUUCGGUUUAGGUUUUAAUUUAAACCCAGGUAGGUUUAAUCAAAAAGAACAUGCAUGUGUAUUUUUUUUUGCUAAUCUAGUUGUUAGUGCUGGAUUGGUCAACAAUUUAGUUGUGGAACAAUUCAAAUUCUUUGAUAGAAACAUUGGUAUUGGAAGAAUGAUUUUAUUCAACUUGACUUGUUACUUACUUUCAUUUGGUUGGACUGGCUUAGCAUUAGAUAUAUUAGUUACUCCAAGCGACCGUGUUUGGCCUGGGGUACUAAGUAAUAUUGCCUUAUUCAAGACAUUGCACUCAAAUGAAAAUCCUCUAGUUCGUCAUUGGAAAAUGACAAGAUAUAAAUUUUUUAUAAUUAUUUUUGUGGGAUCCUUCUUCUGGUAUUGGCUCCCUGAUUUGUUAAUGCCAUUCUUGAGCACAAUUGGAGCUUGGAUUAGUUGGUGUAAGCCAUCAAGUGCUGCUCUUUCUCAAGUUUUUGGUGUCAAAACAGGCCUUGGUUUAUUCCCACUAACUUUUGAUUGGAGCCAAAUUACUUCUCUCAAUAACCCUCUUACUACUCCUUUUUGGUCUGUGUGUUGUAUUUUUGGGUCAUUCGUAUUUUGGAUCUGGAUUGUAAUGCCAGGAUUAUAUUACCAAAACCACUGGCAAACGGCACACUUACCUAUCAUGACAAGUUCAAUUUAUGAUUUAAAUGGAGAAUCAUAUCAGGCAACGAAAGUAGUUGAUGAAAAAUGGAAACUCGACUAUAGCAAAUUCAAACAAUACUCACCAGUGAUGUUGCCAAUUGCAUUCUUGAUGAAUUUAGCCCUUGGAUUGGCUUCUUUUUCUGCAAUGAUGGUGCAAUUUAUUCUUAAGUUCAGGUCAGAGGUCAUCAUUCCCUUGAAAAAUAGAAAAUGUCAUUCUGAUUCACAUAAUGUGGAAAUGUACAAAUACAAAAGGUUCCAUGGGAGUAUUUACAUUUUGGUCUCUGUUAUUGGCUUAGGUCUAGGAUUUGCAUUUUGUGAAGGCUUUGAAGACUCGCAAAUAAGUUCUGGGGGGCUCAUUGUUUCAAUACUUAUUGGAGGCUGUUUAUUUGUUCCUUUAGCUUUAAUUGAAUCAAGAGCAAAUAUGAAUAUUAAUUUGGCUCCCUUCUUCGAAAUAAUAUCUGCAUUCUGGUAUGAAGGGCAACCACUAACUUUAUUGUAUUUUUAUUGUUUUGGUUUCUCAACGUUACAGCAUGCCAUGCAUACGUCUCAAAGUGCUAAAGUAGGUCAUUAUGUGAGGGUCCCUCCUCGUAUCACUAUGACGGUUUUGCUUGUUGCUUCAAUUUGGAGCUCUUUAGUUAGCCCCUCAGUCGCCGGUUAUGUUGUCACCCAUAUUGACGAUAUUUGUACUCCAGAUGCGGCGAAUAAUAUGACAUGUAGAAAGACUAAGACUCAAUUUAAUACCCAUUUGGUAUGGGGCCUAUUUGGAAAUAAACUAUUUUCUCAUGGAGGAAGAUAUUCUUGGGUACUUUAUUUUUUUUUGGUUGGUGGCUUGACCAGUUUAAUUCAUUUCAUUUUAAUUAAAUUUAAACCUAACGGAUUCUGGAGAAGAUUCAACCCUAUAUUAUUCUUUGGAGGAGCUGCAAAUAUUCCUUCAGUCACAGGUUUUAAUUUCUCCACGUGGUUUGUUGUUGCGGGGAUAUUUAAUUUUUACAUUCAUCGUAGAUUUGUUCAAUGGUGGAGGAAAUAUAAUUUAGUCAUGGCAAUUGGAUUGGAUUGUGGGCUUGCAAUUGCUGCUAUCAUAAUAUACUUUUGCAUAGUAUAUACUGGGGUUUCUGAAAAAAUACAGUGGUGGGGGACUACUGUUGGGAGUGAUGGUUGUGAUUCUAAGGGAUGUCCACACCUAAGUGGAUCAAUGGUCCGGCCAUCGGAGUGGUAA